GUUGCGAUUUGAUCAUGGCCACAGUGUGGGUCCUGGUGCUGGUGACUGCAGAGCUGUGCUUGGCCAGAGCUGGCCCUGUCCCCACGUUCAAGCCCACCACAACCUGGAAGGGCUGUGACAUGGGCAGGUUCAAAUCUCUGUCACCAAGGGAGCUGGAGGCCUUCAAGAAAGCCAAGGAUGCCUUGGAAAAUUCACUAAAAAACUGGAGUUGCGGCUCCCGCCUCUUCCCUAAAAACAGGGAACUGAGCCAGCUGCAGAUGUGGGAGCGCCCUGUAGCCUUGGAGGCUGAGCUGGCCUUGACCCUGAAGGUCCUGGAGACCAUGGCUGACAGGUCCCACGGGGGCAUCCUGGACCAGCCCCUUCACAUGCUGCGCCACAUCCGCUCCGAGCUCCAGGCCUGUGUGAGUGCUCAGCCCACAGCAGGCCCCCAGCCCCGAGGCCUACUCCACCACUGGCUGCACCGGCUCCAUGAGGCCUCAAAGAAGGAGUCUCAAGGCUGCCUCGAGGCCUCUGUCCUGUUCAACCUCUUCCGCCUCCUCAAAAAGGACCUGGAAUGUGUCGCCAGUGGAGACCUGUGUGUCUGAGGACCUGGACCCACCCC